AUGAUUCUUAAGAUUGUCUCCAAAGUCCUCUGUACAGCUCUAUUUCUCCACUGGACUAGCGUACAGACUGAGGAUUUCAACAUUUUCUUUAUCCCCGACGACCCCAAUGGUACAUGUUGCAGUACCUUCAUUUCGUUUGAAGACAAAUGGCCCAACGAGUGCUAUGGUGAUACUUCGGCUCUUUUCGACUCGGUCAUAUUUUUCCCUCCAGAGGACGUACCAGACACCACGUGGCUAUUUGUUUACGAGACGCAGGGUGUGGCAGGGACCGCUUGUGGUAUCUUGAUCGAUAACUAUUCCCUAAACUCUUGCUACAGCAACAUCCAGUCUAUUCAGAGUGCAACGUGGGGCGAUCCUCUAAGACUCGGUAAUAGGGGAACGGAGCUGCCUGCCCAGAAGAACAGUACAGUCUCCUCGGGUGGUAAAGAACGCAAUACUCCAGGUAAACUGGGCUACAUUCGAAAUGGCCAGCAUUAUCAGAUCAGCCUCAAAGACCAGCAGCAUUCGACGGUAGUGAAAGAACUAGGUCACGCGGGCGAUGCAAUACGGGGUUAUAUUAUGUCCCAUGGGCGUGCUAAUAAGAGAAGGCAGAUUUUUCCAGGUACCUGCUAA